GAUAAAAGGAAAAUCAGCAAUAAGCACCUGCUGGGCCACCCCUCGUUCGAGUCGUCUCUCUAUUUCUCUCUCCCCGCUCCCCAGGUCACCUCUCUUCUCUCCGUCUUCCUUUCCUGGCGGCGACGACUGGGCUGGCGGCGCCCUUCACCACAUCUUCGCCGGUCCUUUGCCAGCGACGAACCCACUAUUUCUCUAGUCGCCCCCACCCUUGCCCGGUAUACCUCUUCUUCUCCGUAGGUCUUUCCUGGCGGCGCCGUUCAGUCUUCGCUGGGUCCUUUGCUGGCAACGAACCCACCAGGAAUCAUGGUUUUGAGUUCGUAUUCAAAUCUGCUAGAUAUAUGUAGUGAAGAUGUUUUUGACUUUCAACAACCUCUUCAAUCUCUUCCUUGUACGGUGACUUCCGCUAGCAACAUAUCUGGCCCUGAUUUGGAAAGUAGUAAUGGUAGCGAUAUAGUUGGUUCUGCACCUCCUUGUUUGAAGAGAAAGAUUGUUGCGGCAAACUUUCUUCCUCUGAACUGUAUGAAAGAUGAAGCUACUGGAGAUUGGUCCUUUGCAAUGGAUGAUAAUCAACUUCUUGUUCAACUUAAAGAUGGUUUUCCAGUUGAUAAUGAAGUUAUUUAUGUGGGUAGUUUGAAUGUUCAAGUUGAUCCUAGUGAGCAAGAUCAAGUUUCUCAGAAGCUCUUCAAGGAACACAAAUGCAUACCAACUUUUCUCCCAGCUGACCUCCAGCAGCAGUUCUAUCACAGCUUCUGCAAACAGCACUUAUGGCCACUUUUCCAUUAUAUGCUUCCUGUUUUCCAUGACAAAGGCGAACUAUUUGACCGCUCUCUUUUUCAAGCCUACGUGCGGGCCAACAAAAUAUUUGCUUACAAAGUUAUGGAGGCAGUCAAUUCGAAUGAUGACUGUGUGUGGGUUCAUGACUACCACCUUAUGCUGGUUCCAACCUUUCUAAGAAAGAAGCUGCACCAGAUUAAAGUUGGUUUCUUCCUCCACAGUCCAUUUCCCUCAUCUGAGAUCUAUAGAACACUGCCAGUGCGGGAUGAAAUCCUAAAGUCACUUCUUAAUGCUGAUCUUAUUGGCUUUCAAACAUUUGAUUAUGCCCGCCACUUCCUUUCAUGUUGCAGCAGGCUGUUAGGCCUUAAUUAUGAGUCAAAACGUGGUCACAUUGGUAUAGAGUACUUCGGUCGAACAGUGAGCCUCAAGAUUCUUGCUGCAGGUGUACAUGUUGGCCGUCUUGAGUCUAUGUUGAAGUUGCCUGCUACAAUUAGCAAGGUUCAAGAAAUCAAGAAUAGAUAUAAGGGCAAGUUGGUGAUCUUAGGUGUAGAUGACAUGGAUAUCUUCAAAGGUAUCAGUCUAAAAUUGCUCGGCUUGGAGCUUCUUUUGGAGAGAACACCUAAGCUUAGAGGGAAGGUUGUCCUUGUACAGAUUGUUAAUCCUGCAAGAAGCAUUGGAAAAGACAUUGAGGAAGCAAAAAAUGAAGCUGUAUCAGUAGCUCAAAGGAUAAAUGAUACAUAUGGUUCUGCUAAUUACAGGCCUGUUGUCCUUAUUGACUAUUUGAUACCUUUCUAUGAAAAGAUUGCAUAUUAUGCUGCAUCUGACUGUUGUAUUGUAAAUGCUGUGAGGGAUGGCAUGAACUUAAUACCAUAUGAGUACACCGUCUGCAGGCAGGGAAAUGAGGAGAUUGAUAAGUUCAGAGGUGCCGAUAAGAGCUCACUUCACACAAGCACACUGAUAGUUUCUGAAUUUGUUGGUUGCUCACCAUCUCUUAGCGGAGCUUUCAAGGUAAAUCCUUGGAGUGUUGAAGAUGUGGCUGAUGCAUUUUAUAGUGCAACAGACCUGACACAAUAUGAGAAGAUUCAGCGCCAUGAGAAGCAUUAUCGCUAUGUUAAAUCUCAUGAUGUUGCUUAUUGGGCUCGAAGCUUUGUCCAGGAUCUGGAGAGAACGUGCAAAGAGCAAUAUAGCCGAAGGUGUUGGACCACUGGAUUUGGUUUGAAUUUUAGAGUUAUUGCUCUAUCACCUGGGUUUAGAAGACUGUCUCUAGAACUCUUUGCUUCAUCUUAUAAGAAGGCUAACAAGAGAGUGAUAUUUCUGGACUAUGAUGGGACCCUUGUGCCUCAGUCAUCACUCGACAAAGCUCCAAGUGCAGAACUGAUUUCAAUCCUUAAUAACUUGUGCAAUGAUACGAAGAACACUGUAUUUAUAGUUAGUGGAAGAGGAAGAAAUUCCCUAUGUGAGUGGUUCGAUUCAUGCGAGAACCUUGGUAUUGCUGCUGAACAUGGCUACUUCAUCAGAUGGAGCAGAGCAGCUGAAUGGGAAGUAAGUUCAUUAGGUCAGUGUUCUGAAUGGAAGCUGAUUGCGGAUCCUAUCAUGCAUGUGUACAUGGAGACAACUGAUGGUUCCUCCAUAGAGCGUAAGGAGAGUGCUCUAGUGUGGCAUUAUCAGAACACAGAUCAUGACUUUGGCUCCUGCCAAGCAAAGGAGCUAGUGGGCCAUCUGGAGCGAGUCCUAGCAAAUGAACCUGUUGUUGUGAAGCGUGGCCAUCAGAUUGUAGAAGUUAAACCUCAGGGAGUCAGCAAGGGCACUGCUGUGGACAAGAUCAUUCGGACACUGCUCAACAAUGGGGAAGUACCGGAUUUUCUGAUGUGUGUUGGUAACGAUCGAUCAGAUGAGGACAUGUUUGAGAGCAUCAAUAAAGCAACCUCCUCUGCUGAUCUUCCUGCCACUCCAGAGAUCUUUGCCUGCUCCGUGGGCCCAAAGGCCAGCAAAGCUAACUACUACGUCGACGGCUGCAGUGAAGUGAUCAGAUUACUGAAGGGCGUAACAGCUGUUUCGUCCCAAAAGGAUGCUGUCAGACAUAGCCAUGCCAGCCCGAAGGAUAUACUUGAGGUUGUCAACUGAUCCACAAGCAAACCAUUUCACAAUACUAGGAGCAAACAGCAAAGCAUGUUCAAUCUGCCAUUCUCGAAUCUCCAAUGCCUGCAAGCUAUGCAUCAUUUGGAAACAGAACUAUCCCUCGGAGUUUCAAAUCAGUCAACAUGAAGCAUUGGCAUCGAUGAUGCAAUGGCAACAGUGAUCAGAAAUCGCAUGUUCCUCCAAAUAGCAUGGCCGAUUCACCAUUGGUCUUGCAAAUACAGCAGCAAUCACAAACCACAAGUUCCUGAUUUGCAGGCUAGGCUACUAGCCGGGUGAUGUCUGCAAUUGUAGUCAGACCUGAUGCUGAAAAGGAGGCUCUUGUGCAGCAAUCGCAAACCACAAGUUCCUGAUUUAUGCAGCUGGGAUGAAAGCCCCCUGGACCCGUACAGCUCUGUUUGGUCUACCUGCCAAAUGAUUGUCAAUCCAUCCAUUCCGAUGCGCUUGCGCUGCACUCAGCCAGCACUAUAGACUCUAUUAGUCUGGACCUGGACCCCUUAUGUAUACUGUUCCACUGUACAAUACAAACAGUUGUCAUUAGGCGAUUAGAGCCACAUCAGUAGGCUAGUACUAUUGAGAAAUUGAUGGGUGUGAUAGCGAAAUGCCAAAGUCUGAAGGCGCAAGCAUGAUCCCUGCUGUAUGAGGGGCGAAAGAGAUCUCUACUUCUUUGUGUGGCCAAGUGUAUGGCGGACGUAUGGUUAGCUAGCUGUACUCUGCACAGUGGAGCGUCAAGUACUACUUAUCGCAUGAAGCAAUGCUGUUGCACACGAGUAUAUCCAGGUCUUGUGUUUCUCCGCAUAAAGCUCCAGUGCUCAUGUGACUAUGUGAGCUCAGAUCUUCAGGAGAGUUUGCGGCCGGUAUUCUGAGGCCGCCUGGUACUGGUUUCCGUGGAAAUAAGCCUAAGAUAUGAUUUGUGUAUGCUUGCUUCAUCAAAAAGGGAAUGAAACAGCUUGGAAAAUAUUAGGAGAAAGAAGAGAUGAACAUGAACCCAUUGAGCUAGCUA